AUGGGAGAGGAGAAGGAAAACAUGGGAGAGGAGAAGGAGAGCAUGGAUCACUCACAUGAGAGCAUGGAUGAGGGGCAGGAGAUGAUGGAUCAGUCGAAGGUGGGCGUGGAGGAGGGGGAGGAGGGGAAGGACAGCAAGGAAGGGGGCAAGAAGAGCAUGGAAGAAGGGAAGGAGAGCAUGGAUCACUCACAUGAGAUCAUGGAUCACUCACAUGAGAGCAUGGAUCACUCACAUGAGAGCAUGGAUCACUCACCGGAGGGCAAGGAGGGGAAGGGGAGCAUGGAAGAGAUCACAGAGGAGGGGAAGGAUAGCAAGGAGGAGGGAAAGGGGAUGACGCAGGAGGGGAAGGACAGCAAGGAUUACGGGGGGGACAGCAUGGAGGGCGCACAAGAGGGCAAGGAGGAGGGGAAGGAAAUGACGGACAAGGCGAGGGAGAGCGUGAAGCAGGGAAAUCAAGUCUUGGAGGAAGGGCAGGAGGGUGAGGAGGACGGACAGAUGGGCAUGGCGGACAAGCGGGGGAAGAAAGAAAGCACGGAAGCGAUAAUGGAGGCGGCACAUGAGGGUAUGAAGAGCACGAUGGGGGUGAAGGAGGAGGAGCGCGAGGGCAUGGAAGAGGCGAAGACAAGCUUCAAGGUAAAAAACAUCUCAGACGGGGAUGAAUGCCUGGCGGGAGAAGAUUUCGCGAUCGAUAUGGAUCUACAUGAAGGGUUAUCAACAACGCAGAACCAGUUCCUGGAGCUGUCCGGCCCCGACAUCAUGGACAGGAGGGCCAGCGCACAUGAUCUGUUCCCUGUCCCUCUGGACAGCCAAGUGCCGUCGUUGACCAUGGCCGAGGAGCAACCGGCUCUUGAUCCCAGGGAUCUUCCUGACUCGGCGUACCACCAAGAGCACCAGAGGUCCCUCGACGUUCUUGAGAUCACGCUGUCCGAACAUUCUGACGGGGAGCAGGAGGAGCAGGAGCAUGAGCCACUGAGCAAGACUGUUGGUAGAAUCAAGAGAAGGAAGACAGAAAGCCUUGCAAGCAAUCGAAUGCCAAGGAGUAACGUAGAUAAAGGGGUAGAAGAAGACGCGGGGACGAGCGUGCUGAAACCCUCGAGAACGUACAAGAAAGCUGCUGCUCGUGGUACGAAGGUGAAGAAGACGCAUAAAGAGGAGGAGGAGGAUGAAAGCGAAGAAGCCACGAGGUUGAUGAUUGUGAAGGCGGAACUGAACGAGUUGAAAGAUCCCUCAAGGGAGCUCGUGUCUCUCGAACUCUCCGAGGUCGAGCUCAUGCACAUGCUCUACCCUCGCAGUAGCUGUGGGUGGAACAUCUCAGGGAGAGAAGAGGAGGCUGGUGACGUGGGUGAAGAAGAGAACAGGAGCGCCAGCGGCAGUCACGCUCAGACUUGCCGUCUCUCCUCACUUGGCCAGGACGACGCUCUGUGUAACAAGCUGUUGGAGACGGCGAAACAGCAUGUGGCCGAUCUCGAUCUCAAAAAGUGCAACAUCAGCUACAAGUGGGAUGAAAAUUGUAUAUAUAUGGGAGUGCUUGGGGGGAAGAACAACUCGCAGAAGUACUUGAGCAGCGAUCAGGCCUGGUACCAUGUGACGUGGGAUGAUGGAAGCAAAGCUCAGGUUCUCUUGGAGACCCACCUGUGCAACGUGGCGCUCAAGGAGCAUCAUCGCUCGAUCCUGAGGGACAAGGAGCCCAAGAGUUGGUGCCUCGACCCUCCCUCAGUUGUGCAGCGAUUCUUCACGCUGGUGCUGCAAGAGACGUCGGAGAAGUCUCCCGUCCCUCGGGGAAACGCCUUCCAGGCCUACGAGGGUUUCAACUCGCUUGCAAAUGAUGCGGCAGGGGAGAGGCUCAAGGGAAGAAAGCAGAAGCAGCUUAACGACAAGGACGCGACUGAGGCUCUGGUGCUUCCGGCAGUCAAGCAGGAAGGUGGACAGGAUGUGGGAGGAGCCCCGAAAGCGAAAGAAGCACUGCGAGAUCUGCAGGUCGAAAGAAGCACCGCUGGAGGGCUGACUGUCCAUCUCAAUUGCUACCUCGGGGAUUUCCUGGACAAGGAGGCGAGCAUCCGAGCAGUCGCGCAAGUAGGAUUCAAGUGCGACCCAUGUUGCUACGACAUCGAACAGGAAAAUCGAUCUUGUGCCCUCUGCCCUCAGGGUAAGCUCGGAGCUCUUCGUCCAACUUCGGACGGGCGAUGGGCGCACAUCACUUGUGCUCGCUUCCUCCCCGAGCUGAAAAUCGGGCGCGACGAGAUAUCUGGGCUGGACCAGCUGGAUCGGUCGCGCUGGAGUCACGUCUGCUACCUCUGCGGCACCAAGUCGGGGUGGUGCUUGACAUGCCAGGAGGAGACGUGCUUGAACCCCUUCCACGCGGGAUGUGCGUUGAGGUCAACCAGGUUGACCAAGAGAUCUUUGAGCGCCGUCAUGCCCUGGGAUGCUGCUGGAGGGAAGAUCUCGUGUGGAGGUCACCCCCGGAAAAAGUGA